GUAAAUAAAAGUAUACUUAGCUACAAUCUUCCAUUUCCCCCUAUGUAUCGCGACUUUGGGGACACUCUGUAGUUUUCAGUUAUGUGAUUAUUAAUCCAUUUUCUAGGCAGAGAAAGCCAGGCCUAGAUAUGCAGCUGGGAAAGAACUGAGCUGAAAUUUAAAACACUGGCCGAUUCCGCUUAGGCUUUGUGAGCAAUCACCCCCAUUCCGAAGCUAAGUCUUAAAUCCUGGAGACCCUUUCUUACAGUCCCUUCCCGGUUCAAUUCCGGGAUGCAGCAGCCUGAACUCUACAACCACUAACUCGAACAACUCGAGGAAUCUGCGAACGGAAAGCGAGAUGCGGGGCGCCCCAAGGCCCGCCUCCGUGAGCCCUGGUCUUGGGCGGAGCGCGGAGGGCCGGGCCCCGCCCAACGAGCGAUCACUGAAAGUGCGCACGCGCAGCGGCCCCGCUCCCUCCCCGCGCUUCUGCCCUAGCCUGGGAACGUCAGCCGCGCGCGACGUGCUUCGCCGCAUAAAUGCGGUGGCGCCGGGCGUAGGAGCGUUUUGGUUCUGAGCUUCUGGACGUUCAGACGUUUGGCGGCGACGCGGCUCGUGCCUGAGCCCGCCCCCGCUCUUUGCUGUGCCAUGGCGGACGAGGGGAAGUCAUACAACGAGCAUGAUGACCGUGUUAGUUUCCCUCAAAGAAGGAAAAAAGGCUGGGGUCCUUUCCGGUGGAAAUAUGGUGAGGGGAACCGUCGAUCUGGAAGAGGUGGUUCCAGUAUUCGGUCUUCCCGCCUUGAGGAAGAUGAUGGAGAUGUAGCAAUGAGUGAUGCCCAGGAUGGUCCACGAGUACGGUACAACCCCUAUGCCACCCGACCUAACCGUCGAGGCGAUACUUGGCAUGAUCGAGAUCGCAUUCAUGUUACUGUGCGGAGAGACAGAGCUCCUCCUGAGAGAGCAGGGGCUGGCACAAGCCAGGAUGGGCCCUCAAAGAACUGGUUCAAGAUUACAAUUCCUUAUGGCAGAAAGUAUGACAAGGCAUGGCUCCUGAGCAUGAUUCAGAGCAAGUGCAGUGUCCCGUUCACCCCCAUUGAGUUUCAUUAUGAGAACACACGGGCCCAGUUUUUUGUUGAGGAUGCCAGCACUGCCUCUGCACUGAAGGCUGUAAACUAUAAGAUUUUGGAUCGGGAUAACCGAAGGAUAUCUAUCAUCAUCAACCCCUCUACUCCGCCCCCUACUAUACUGAAUGAAUUAAAGCCAGAACAAAUAGAGCAGCUAAAGCUAAUCAUGAGCAAACGAUAUGAUGGCUCCCAACAAGCACUUGACCUCAAGGGCCUCCGUUCAGACCCAGAUUUGGUGGCCCAGAACAUUGAUGUUGUCCUGAAUCGUAGGAGCUGUAUGGCAGCCACCCUGCGGAUCAUCGAAGAAAACAUCCCUGAGCUAUUGUCCUUGAACUUGAGCAACAACAGGCUGUACAAGCUAGAUGACAUGUCCAGCAUUGUGCAGAAGGCACCCAACCUAAAGAUUCUAAACCUCUCUGGAAACGAAUUGAAGUCCGAGCGGGAGUUGGACAAGGUAAAAGGGCUAAAGCUAGAAGAGCUAUGGCUCGACGGAAACCCCCUGUGUGAUACCUUCCGAGACCAGUCCACAUACAUUAGGUCAGUUGUAGCCUUUGUCAGCGCCAUUCGUGAACGAUUUCCUAAGUUAUUACGCCUGGAUAGUCAUGAGUUACCCCCGCCAAUUGCCUUUGAUGUUGAAGCCCCCACCACAUUACCACCCUGCAAGGGAAGCUAUUUUGGAACAGAGAACCUGAAGAGUCUGGUCCUGCAUUUCCUACAGCAGUACUAUGCAAUUUAUGACUCUGGAGACCGGCAGGGGCUCCUAGAUGCCUACCAUGAUGGGGCUUGCUGUUCCCUUAGCAUUCCGUUCAUUCCCCAGAAUCCUGCCCGAAGCACCUUGGCCAAGUACUUCAAGGACAGCAGAAAUGUGAAGAAGCUUAAAGACCCUACCUUGCGGUUCCGGCUGCUGAAGCACACACGUCUCAAUGUUGUUGCCUUCCUCAAUGAAUUGCCCAAAACCCAGCACGAUAUUAAUUCCUUUGUGGUAGACAUAAGCGCCCAGACAAGCACACUGCUGUGUUUUUCUGUCAAUGGGGUCUUCAAGGAAGGUGAGAAUCUUUUGAGUCCUGUGUUUGUAGUAUUUUCCGCAGUCAGAAUCUUUCUUAGCAUGUGCUCUUUAUCCCCAAGGCUAUGUAUUGUAAACGAUGAGCUCUUUGUGCGGAAUGCCAGCUCUGAAGAGAUCCAAAGAGCCUUUGCCAUGCCCGCACCCACGCCUUCAUCCAGCCCAGUGCCCACCCUCUCCCCGGAGCAGCAGGAAAUGUUGCAGGCAUUCUCUACCCAAUCUGGAAUGAACCUUGAGUGGUCCCAGAAGUGCCUUCAGGACAACAACUGGGACUACACCAGAUCUGCCCAGGUCUUCACUCAUCUCAAGGCCAAGGGCGAGAUCCCGGAAGUGGCGUUCAUGAAGUGACCCAUGUCAUGCCCCAGAAGACGGCCCCCUGUAAAUAGCUCUUGGAUAUUAUGAUCAUCUGUCGUCUCCUCCUAUCCGGCCUGAGGCCACGCUGUGACUGUGACCGAGGAGGGAGAGCUGCUGGAUCCCUCUCCUCACCUGCCUUCUGGAAGACUUCCGGAAGAUUGAGCCUCACUGGUGCCUGGAAGCCAAAGGUUACUUUGUAGAACUGACACUAAACUACCCGAAGGACUUAGGUGCUUUGUGUACUUAUCCCCAGGAUCCUCCUUACUUUUUAAGAUAAAGAGUGACAUUGUA